AGCUCCGCCCCUGGUUGAAACUCUUUACAUAUUAUCUUUAUUUCUAAAUAUGUUCUCUUGAGUCUGACCUUGAGGUCGCUUAAAACCUCCCAACAUUUUUGUAUUUACAACCAAAUAAAGCUUCAAAUUUAAUGCCAACUUGCAGCUUACCUUCUCUGCUUCCUCCCUUCCUAUGAUAAUCCUACUGCCUUUUAUUCUCUUCCAUUUCUACAUGCUUUGAGCUUACCUUCUCUGUUAUAUCUACUCUUUUUUCUGUGUUCUUUUUUUUUUUUUUUUGUUAAAAAAGAAAAGAAAAUUUGUAAACCACAGCAUAGGAAGGCGGAGAAAAGAAUGGGUAAGAGCGGGGUGAGAGGAAAAGAGGUGGUUGAACUAAUGAGAGUGAUGGUAGUGAUGGUGGGGGUGGUGCAGGCCACAGCCUUCUAUGGGGUUAAUCUGAAACAUAAGAAUAAGGAGCACCGUAACGCUUAUGCAACGAUGGUGUACAUGGGGACGCCCAGAGACUAUGAGUUCUACGUGGCAACACGUGUGUUGAUCAGAUCGUUUAUUAGGCUCCAAGUGGACGCUGAUCUCAUCGCCAUUGCCUCCCUUGACGUUCCCCUCCGCUGGCUUCGUGCUCUAGAAGAAGAAGACGGGGCAAAGGUGGUGAGAGUGGAGAACAUUAAUAACCCUUACAAGGGUCAACAGAGAUUCAAGUUAACACUGAACAAAUUAUAUGCAUGGAGUUUAGUGGACUAUGACAGAGGUGCUGACAAUCUCUUCCUCCACAAAACUGAUGAGUUGUUCCAAUGUGGCCAGUUUUGUGCUGUCUUCAUUAACCCCUGCAUCUUUCAUACUGGCCUCUUUGUGUUGCAGCCAUCCUCGGAGGUAUUCAAAGACAUGAUUCAUCAACUGGAAACUGGUAAAGCAAACCCUGAUGGUGCAGACCAGGGGUUUAUUGGUGCCUACUUCCCUGACUUGCUGGACCAGCCAAUGUUCUAUCCCCACCUAAAUGGCACCACCUUAGAUGGGCACCACAGACUUCCUAUGGGCUAUCAAAUGGAUGCCUCCUAUUACUAUCUUAAACUUGGUUGGAGAGUACCAUGUAGACCUAACAGUGUGAUCACUUUUCCUGGUGCUCCAUGGUUGAAGCCAUGGUAUUGGUGGUCUUGGCCUGUCCUUCCCUUAGGCAUUCAAUGGCAUCAAAAUAGUCGCCAAACUCUAGUGUAUGCAGCUGAAAUGCCCAUUGUGAUGAUCCAAUCGGUAAUCUUUCUCGGAAUCAUCACGAUGACACGUCUAGCUCGCCCCAGCAUCUCCAAGCUGUGUUACCGGAACACAGAUAAAAGCUCAUCUUUGAUGCAAACAGGCUCAACUAUUGUAGCCUAUAUAGUUCCCUUCGCCAUCAUUCCUCGUACAAUUCAUCCAUUAGUAGGGUGGACAUUGUAUUUCCUUGGCUCGGUUGCUCUUUCAUCUGUAGCAAUUAAUUCGUUUUUGCCGGCAGCGGUUCCAAUUUUGGUUCCUUUGAUAGGGGUUCUGGGGUCACUUUUGGUGAUGGCGUGUCCUUGGUACCCCGAUGGAGUUACAAGAGCGUUUGCUGUUUUCGGCUAUGCAUUUUGUUAUGCCCCUAUUGUUAAGGUUACGGCACGACUUCAGGUCUCACUUGAAAAGAGAACAAAUUUUCCCAAAAUUGGGUGAAGAAUCUUAGGUACACUUGAAAGUUUUGUCUUUAUUUUAACCUGAGCGUAGGACCACCAACAUUUCCCUAUUUGUCCAUUAUUAAAAUUAUAAGAAUUUAUA